UCCAUCUACAGUGCUUUGCAAUAAACACAGUGUUAUAAAUUUGUAGCUCUUAAGACUCUAAAUGUGACCCCCAUCCCCCUUCAAAACGACAGAUGGCUCAACAAAGGGAUAUAAACAAUCAACAGUGUAUAGGGAAGGAAUCUUCAAAGACCUCUUCAGCUCUGGUGAAACUGGAAGUCCUAGCGAGCAGAUUUUUUUAUAGUCAACCACUGGUGGCUACCAUUGAGCAAGGACUGCACCAUGUUUCGCAAUACACUCUUAGUUGGGAUCAAUGGAAGACCUUUGUGAAAGAGUUCUUAGCCAAAGCCAAAGAAGAUUUCUUAAAAAAAUGGGAAAGUCCUCCACAGAACACUGCAGGCCUAGAUGAUUUUGAAAGACAAAAAACACUUGGAACGGGUUCUUUUGGAAGAGUUAUGUUGGUGAAACAUAAAGGUACAGAGCAGUACUACGCCAUGAAGAUAUUGGAUAAACAGAAAGUUGUCAAACUGAAGCAAAUAGAGCAUACACUCAAUGAGAAAAGAAUAUUGCAAGCUGUUAAUUUCCCAUUUCUGGUGAAGUUGGAGUAUUCCUUUAAGGACAACUCUAAUUUAUAUAUGGUGAUGGAGUACGUUCCAGGUGGUGAAAUGUUUUCACAUCUUAGGAGAAUUGGAAGGUUCAGUGAACCUCAUGCACGAUUUUAUGCAGCUCAAAUAGUCCUGACCUUUGAGUACCUCCAUUCACUAGACCUCAUCUACAGAGAUCUGAAGCCAGAAAACCUUUUAAUUGACCAACAAGGAUACAUCCAGGUCACAGAUUUUGGUUUUGCAAAAAAGGUAAGGGGCAGAACUUGGACGCUUUGUGGAACUCCAGAAUACUUGGCUCCAGAGAUUAUUCUCAGCAAGGGCUACAACAAAGCAGUGGACUGGUGGGCACUGGGGGUUCUAAUCUAUGAAAUGGCAGCUGGAUAUCCUCCUUUCUUUGCAGACCAGCCUAUACAGAUCUAUGAAAAGAUUGUCUCUGGAAAGGUACGGUUCCCUUCUCACUUCAGUUCAGACCUGAAAGACCUGCUGCGAAAUUUACUUCAGGUAGAUCUGACCAAACGAUAUGGGAAUCUCAAGAACGGUGUGAAUGACAUUAAGAACCACAAGUGGUUUGCCACUACAGAUUGGAUUGCCAUUUAUCAGAGAAAGGUGGAAGCGCCAUUCAUACCAAAGUGCAGAGGUCCUGGAGAUACCAGCAAUUUUGAUGAUUAUGAAGAGGAGGACAUCCGUGUCUCUUUAACCGAAAAGUGUGCUAAAGAAUUUGCUGAUUUUUAGAGAGAAAGAGACCGUCAGGGCUUGUAUUGGGAUCUUUGCACUCUGCUAACAGAUGGGGUGGAGCUGAAACCAUCUUAUUCGUCGAAACAGUUACUUAGUUUCUUCAUUCCACAAGGCUGAGGUCUCUUGCCAUAAUUCAUGUGUGCAAUUGGCACAACCCUAAUACACCGGCGCAUUUACGCAAGGCACUACCCGUGCUAAGACACAAAAACUAGACCACUUUCUUAUCGUUUCCUUCCUUUCUUCCUUUAUGUUCUACAGCAGUUGACUUUGUGUCAUGUAGUUUGUUUUUCCCUUUAAAAAUGGCAAUAUACAGAGAGUGAAACAUUUUGUUUAAGUGUAAAGAUAGAGCAAGUGUUUCAGGAUUUUUUUGCACUUGAUGUGAUUUAGCCCGAAGUGAAAGCUGAACGUUGCUUCUAGUGUUCGCCAGCCACAAUACCUGUCUGUCGCGUCUGAGAGAUCACAGUUGUAGAACACCUUAUCUUGUAGAAAUUAAUAUCAGACUCCUAGAACCUAGACAGCAUUUUUUGGCAUCCUUUUGGAAGUAGUACUUGUUCUCUGUGUAUUUAUAUAUAGACUGAACAAAAGCAAGUUCUCCUGGACAUGACCAAAAUGAAAUAGAAUUGAUUGAAUGGUGGAGCAGGUUAUGCAGAGCCUGUGCCUUGAGUACUCCUAUAUUAUAAAUUCAGCUGCCCCUCCCUACUUUUGUAUUCAUCUGGGCAGGAUCCAGGCCUAAAAUAAACAGAUACUGCAGUCUGCUGAAUACCAUCGGAGUAAAGCUGCCAGCAAAUCUUUAGACUAGCUUUUGCUAUAUCAUUUGUAGCUGUGUUGUACCAGUAUGUCAAAUCAUAGAUAGUUUGUGGGAUUAUCCUCCUGCAAAACUUAAUUUCAUUGUGUAUCCAUUAGCAGAUGAUUGAUGAGGUCCUGUUACAAGUGGUAUGUUUUAAAAGGAAACCGAAGCAGCUUCAGUAACUGUCAGGGAAUGGAGCUAAGAAAUAUUGGUUUUAAUCAUGCUGAUUUCACAUUGGAAAUUAUAAAAGACAUGGUAAAUGUUUUGCAUACAGGUUCACUCACUAGCUGUAUACAACAUAGUGAACAAAUGAACCGUUUGCACGUGAUGCUCAUAUAUUGGAGCUGCAGUCCUCAGUUUUUUUAAAAAAAAAGAUGCUGCAAAAAAGAAAUGAUGGUCACUGCCAGGAUUAUGUUUGAUUCUGAGGCACAGUUUUGUGAUGCUAAAAUGAUGUUUGGGCAAAUGCUAAAAUAUAAAUCACUCCAUAAAAGCUUUUCAGAAUAUUAAUUUUAGUGCUUUAGAUCAUGCAUUGCAAAAAGUACUUAACACAGGUAACAACUGCCACGUUUCCACUAUCUCUACAUUUUUUUUAUAAGUUGUCUCCCUGGGAACAGAAAGUAGAGUUGCAGGUAUUAGGCUCAGUUACUAGUUAGAUGCAUUGUCAUAUAAUGACAUAAUCUGUUGCUAAGGAAAAGGCUAGUGCUGCUCUGUGCUAGCUUGAGCACCUUUCCUCAUGUAUUUCAGUGUUUAAAAUUAUGGGCUAUGGAUUCAGUGGAUCUGUACACAUUUAACAUUUUUUAACCGACUCAUUUUAAUCAAUUAGUUUUAUUUGUACACUUACGGCACAAAAGUUUUGAUCUCUCUUUCUCUCGCUCCAUAAUAUAUAUAUUUAUGUAUGUAUAUGUAAUAAACCUGCUCUCUAGAAUGGUUCAAAUGGAAUUGGUUUCUUAUGUACAGAAGCAGGCCGAAUUCAGAUUGGUUGAAAUAUGUACGUGGCAGAAAAGCAAUGAGUUUUAAUAAACCAACUUGAUUUGGCAUAGAUCCAGUGUAUUUGCUUGUGUUAGCACUAAAGAAACAUUGACACAAUGUCCUCUUAACCUGAAGGGCACUCAUGGAAGUAAGGCCUUUGUAGACAUUUGCAUUACCAGUAUGAGCUGUAAUAUCAAACAUUCUGUUUGUCAUCUUGGCUGUCAAACAUUUGCACAACAAUGUCAUUACAAGGCUGACACAGACAGCAGUUUUUUCAUCCACCCGUAUUUACCUGUAUGUGCAAGGGAAGUAUAAGAUACUUUGCUGUAGCAGAUUUUAUGUAACUAAAGAAAUGUAAGGUCACAUUAAUAAAUUUAAAAGUUCCUUUGUAUGAAAACAUUAAAAUCUUUUGUAUUUCAUUUAGACUGAGGACAUGCUGUUGUAUGCUAGCUGUAUGCGAUAAAUUCUACAGUAACUUUGUUGUCGUUUAUGGACUUAAAGGUUUUAAUAAACGCUGAAGAUCACA